AUGGCGUCUGCCAUCCAGCACUACCGCCACGGCCGCUUCCGCGUAGCAGGCGGCGUUCUGCCGGACGCCGUCACCGCCUACUGCACGUACGGCGAUCCAGCAAGUCCAUGCAUCAUCUUCCCCACCUGUUAUGGCGGGCGCCUUGACAGCCAGGACUACAUGAUCGGACCCGACAAAGCCCUCGAUUCAACCAAGUAUUUCAUUGUUACAUUGGCGCUCUUCUCGAAUGGUGAAUCUUCAUCGCCUUCCAACACUCCCCCUCCAUACAACGGACCAUACUUCCCAGACGUUUCUUACGAAGAUAAUAUCCGCGCUCAAUAUGCUGUCGUCACCAAGGCACUCAAUGUGAAGAAGGCAUAUUGCGUGGUCGGAUUCUCUAUGGGAGGUCAACAGGCGUACUAUUGGCCUGUCAUGUAUCCCGACUUUGUGGAAAGGUUCAUUCCGAUCUGCGGGUCGGCUCGCACAAGCAUGCAUAACAAGUGCUUCAUUGAAGGCCCGAUGACCGCCCUGUUGCACUCGAAGGAUUUCGACCACGGUCAUUACACUAAAGAGCCUCAGGUGGGCAUUCGGGCCUUUGGUCGCGCGUACAGCGCAUGGGCCUAUGGACAGGCGUGGUUCCGUCAACACCAGUACCUGAUGGGCGGUCAAUACUGCUCCCUCGAGGACUUCCUCCGUCACGAAUGGGAGGGAGGCUUCCUUGGCGUCUGGGACGCCAAUGACCUCAUCACCCUCAUCAGGACCUGGCAGAGUGGUGAUGUCUCGUUGAUUGGCAAGGGUGUAUUCAGUGCACCUCAUGACGAAGACGCUUUCAAGACUGCGUUGGCCGGGAUCAAAGCCAAGGGUCUCAUCAUGCCUUGCAAGACGGACCUAUACUUCCCUCCUGAAGAUAGUGAGUUCGAGAUAAACCUGAUGAGCAACAGCUCCAAGCUCGUAGUGAUUGACUCUGUGUGGGGUCAUAUGGCGGGGGGCGGUAGCAAUGCUGUGGAUGAUGAGUUCCUUAAAACAGAGAUUAGGAAGUUUUUGGAGGAAUGA